CCUCGAAGAUGUCAAUGUAGUGUUUCCCAGUUCUUCCUUGUCUUUGUGGGUUCUUCUGUCACUUCCACAAACACAUGCAGGGUUUUGAAUAUGUCACCAGAAGAGAUGGAUCUUUUUCUGCAAGAAUAUGGAGAGCAUUAUGACUUAUUCAUGGAAGAUCUACCUAGGCUUUCAACAGAGCUGUAUGAUUACUUGAGCCAGAUGGAAAAGAUUGCAGAUGGCAUGGAUGAGGUCCAGAAGAACACCACCAUUGGGAACAUAGUCAGCAGCUCCGUUGGUGUGCUAAGUGGUGUUUUGACCAUUGCUGGGCUGGCCCUGGCUCCUCUCACAGCGGGUGGAUCCACAUUACUUGCUGCAAUGGGAACAGGACUAGGGACAACCAGUGGAGUUGGAGGGCUCCUCAUUGGCUUAGCAAAGUCUGUUCUCCAUUCCAAUGAAGAAAAGAUGAUCAAUGACAUAUUGAAGAAAUAUCUAACAGCCGCCCAUCCUGUUAUCCUGCUGGCCAAAGGAGAGGAUACGACUACAUGCACGGAUCUCUUUGAUCAGCAAGAAAUUGAGGACAUUGUAAAAUCAAGGAUUAGCACAUUUAAAAACCACGGAAAAAGCUUUGCAGAGAUAGGUGACUGUGUCAAGGCUUAUAAGGCUAUCCAAGCAAAGCCAAGUCUGGGAAAAACGGCAGAACGCUUGUGUAAGGUCGACGGCACUGUUCGGAAAACAAGACAGGCAAACAGGGUAAGGAAGAUGUUAAAGGGAACACCUGUAACCCUCUCAAGGACCACCAGGAUAAUGAAUGGCGUGACGAGUGCUGCAUUUAUUGGAAUGGAAAUCCAAUCUAUUUAUCAAGACAGCAUUAAUCUGUCAAAUGGCAGCAGGAGUGAAGCUGCUCAGAUUAUUAGGGAGAGAGUGGAGAUUCUGAGGGAAGAACUAGAUGAGUGCCUACUCAUUCUACAACAUAACUGGUAAUCAAUUAGAAAGAUUGAACUUAAAAUCAAAAAAGUUAAAUGUUAUUGGAAACCAUCAACUCAUGAAGAUUAAAAAAAAAUGUUAUGAUUCUUGUGAUCCUGUUCAAUCCUGUUUAAGCAAAUAUUAGCUCAGAGUGACAAUCCACAAUGAAGCCCAUCUGUGGCUGGGCCUACUAAUGUCUAUAAGAACUGACAUUCUGAGAAGAUGCUGACAAGUUGAGAUCUGAGCUAACUUUGUUUUCCUUAUUACUCAUAUAAAAAACAAAACCUCUAAUAACAGAAUCGAGUUUUAGAAACCAAAAGGGUUUUAAUAAAAAUGAGAAUACUCUGAAAAGAGUUGGAAGGAUAUUCUUUUUAACUCUA